AUGCUCCGUUUGGAUGCGGGCCAAAUGCCGGCGGUCGAUUUGCAGGCCCUAGCCGACCUUUUCUCGGCCCAUUCCCAAGCUCCGGGUACCCAGCUCUCGCCCCUCCCCCGUCCUGAUAUUAUACUAGCCAACAAAGAACAGACAGUCGCUGAUCCCGAGAAGAGCUCGGACCGGGUACAGCUGAUCCCCUCCCAGAAGCGACGCCAUGGCGGCUUUGGCUUCGUGGCAAUGAUGAACGGUUACGUGUACCACUGUGAUUAUCAACGGGAGGGCUCGGCUGGGGCACGGGUCUAUUGGAAAUGCACACAAAGGGGUGGAUGUGGGGCUAGGCUCAUCACAGACAAACUGGGACUAGUACUAAAUGCACGGAACAACUUUCACAGUCAUCCACCGGUCGAUGAGAACCCUGACAACGGGACACGGAAGCUGGAAGACAAAGACGAGGUCAGCAGUUUAAUUAUAGUAGAGUAAUAAGAUUUGGGUUUGGUAUUUUACACGGAAAUUGAAUUUUCUGAUUACAGUUAAUUCGGUUAGAAAGUAUGAAACUAGGUAACUUCAUCAGUUUUGGAAAUGGUAUUGUAAUUAUAUUUGUCUUUUGUUACAAUGAUCUAAGCUUUGUCCACUAAACCACAAUAUAAACACCAAACCAUAAAAUACUAACCCUACAGUUUAACUUAAAAUUUGAAAUAAAUUAAAACUUGCAGAAUGCACCAUUUGGAAGCCGAAAACAGAAUUUCAAUGCCAAUUUGGCGUUUGUGAAAGAGAUCCACAAGAGAAAACAUGUUCUGUUUGGUUCACCUGAUCAUGCACAACACAUGGAUGUCAGCCAGAUCAAGGAGAAGGCGUGGGAAGAGAUCCGAGAGGCUAUGACACAGCAAGGGCACUCCAAGUUUGUGGGGAAGGAUUGGCGACAACUCCGCGCCAACGAAUGGCAACAAGUCAGGAGGGCCACAAUGGCCAAGAAAUACGUAAAUGACAUGUCUGGAGCCAAAGGUGCUAAUCUAAACGAACUGGACCAGCUAGUUCUGGAAGUGGUCGGCCAUGAAAGUGAAAAUGAAGGGACGGAACAGGAGAACAACAGCGGGAACGGCCUGAGGAACGUUGAAACCGCACUGGUAAGAGUUGAAUUUUGAUUACUCUAACAUAAAUUACUUCGGAAAUUGUAUUUUGGGACCUAAAACGUUUAUAUACACCUACCCUUUCAUAACAAUAAGACGGCCACUUUCAGGAGCCACUCCAACUUCCACAAACCAAUAGCACCAUGCCAAACAACGAUCUACUGUCCACAAUAUUGUCGCAAUUUGAUCCUUCUGCCUUACAACAAUUAACUCAAAGCCAAACGCCAACUCUGUCGCCGGACGAAGAAGCCAAUAAGAAGUUGAAGAUGGAAGACGGUGCAGAUGCCUUCCGAUGCUCGCCCAGUAGCUCGUUUGACGACGUUGUCGAUCAAAACGACGUCAAUUUUGAGGUAGGAUAUUAGGAUGGAUAAAGCGAAAGUUAUAAAAGAAAAAAUUAUUUUUUACCUAAAUUUUCUAUCAAAUAUGGAAAUUCAAAAACAUUUUCGGCGUUUUUCUGGAUCGUUGCGGGACCUAACCUUGCUGCCAAAGCGGGUGGUCUAAAAAUGUAAAUAAAUUAGUUUUUACGUUAAAUUUUGUAAUUGUUUAUUCACAAUAAAGUUUAAAAAAAAAAAUUAGACAUUAAAAAAUUUAUUAUAGGAUCUACGCCUCCGCUACACGCGAGAAAAAUAUCGGUUGAGUAUCGCGCAAGAGAAGGCCAAGUUGGACCUUCUGCAAACACAACUCAACCACGAACUGCAACUUCACGAAAUCCGACUUCAGAGUGAGAAGGCACGGCUAAAAUACGAGGAAAUGAGACUUAAACGGGAAGAGGAGCUGCAGUGA